AUGGGAAAGGACUACUACCAUAUCUUGAAUUUAACAAGGAGUGCGUCAAAUUCAGAAGUGAAGAGGGCGUACAGAAAGCUUUCUCUAAAACACCACCCAGAUCGUUCAGACGACCCCAAAUCUGAGGAACUCUUCUUGGAGGUAGCAGAAGCGUAUGAUGUACUCAGCAGUUCCAACACACGUGCUGUGUACGAUCAGUUCGGAGAGGAGGGGCUGAAGAGCGGUGUCCCCACUACCGAUCUAACUGGAGGUUUCUCCGGGGGUUACGUCUUCCAUGGUAACCCAGAUAAAGUCUUCAGAGAGUUCUUUGGUGGUGAUAAUCCCUUCAAUGAGUUCUUUGAACCCCCAAAAGAUCCUGACAUGGCAAUCGGAUUUGGGGGACUCCGUGGACGUGGUCGCCCAAAACAAGACCCACCAAUCGAGCGAGAUUUAGCAUUAGCGCUGGAGGAAAUCUACUCUGGUUGCAUCAAGAAGAUGAAGAUCUCCAGACGCGUGAUGAAUGAUGACGGUCACACUUCCAGCAUCAGAGACAAGAUCCUGACUAUCAAUGUCAAACAAGGGUGGAGUGCCGGAACUAGAAUCACUUUCCAGAAAGAGGGAGAUCAGGGUCCAAACAGCAUUCCAGCGGACAUAGUUUUCAUUGUGAAGGAUAAAGAUCAUCCCUUGUACAAGAGAAACGGAGCAGAUCUGCACUAUGUGGCAACGGUUCCUCUCAGCAAAGCUCUUAUUGGCUGUGUAAUUGAAGUCCCAACAUUAGAUGGGAGGACGCUUAGCAUUCCAAUAAACGAUAUCGUACAGCCCGGAUACACUAAGAGGGUAGUAGGCGAAGGAAUGCCAGUCUCAAAAUCAAAAGACGAAGAAAAGGGCGAUCUUGUAAUCUCCUUUGACAUUGUAUUUCCGACAAAGCUGGAAGUUCACCAGAAGAGUCUGUUGAAACAGGCGCUUAUGUAAAUAGGUCGAGAAAACUAUGAGACACAUUCUUCCUUGGUUCGUUGUUCGGAACCACCCAAUACAGUCAAGUGUUAGAUUAAAUUAAUAAUAAGUUAUGCGCCAAUAUUAAGUGAGAAACCAGGAUCAGAUGAUAUAAUUUUAAAACUGACAAUUUCCAUAUUGUCGGUAGCAGAAUUAUUUACUUUCAUGAACUGGAAUACUUGCAGUUAUAAAUAAGCCAGAAGCCUGUAUAUAAGUUCUGUACAUAAUCGUUUGAUAUUGAAUAAUGGAGUUUUUGUUUCCAAUUGUCAAAUGUUUUUAUAUAACGCGUUUUUCCUGUGAAUUUUGAUACAGUGAUAUGUUUGGUCAAAAUUCAAAUCACCUCAAAUAAUAAUCACGCGACAUUUAAAUUAGUAAGCGAAUUUUGUGUACUCUAUUAUCAUACUACUCUUUUAUUAUACUCUGAUUGGGUUCAUGCCAUCUAACUCAAAAUGUUUUUAGCACUGAUCUUUAAAAUGGAGAAUAAGAAAGAAGAAUCUUUGGAGGAUCUGGCAUCUCUGUUCACGAAGCAAGUACAGGGUUCCGAGUGGUUGAAAGAGCACACUCCUGAAAAAUGGAUAGGAGAAAAUAAGGAGCUUUAUCAGGAGAUUCAAAAUGAAUAUAAGAAGAUUGACAAUGCGAUGGAAGGGAAAAAGUAAAGGAACAAUUUUCCCUAGUUUGGUUUUAUAAUGGGCCCAUUUCCACCCCAGCUUUUUUCAUAUUAAAAUAUUUUCACCAAGAUUAAAUUGUAUUUUUCAUUGACAUUUUUGAUCCACCAAUUGGCACGACUGGUUAGAAAUGAAUUUUAAGUUUCUCAAUUUCCACUAUAUUUAUUUUAUGUGCUAUUUGAUAACGUUAUAGAGGUGGGAA